AAAUUAAAUAAGAGUAUCUAUAAACCAGGGCGGUGCGCAAAUAACUGGUUGCCCCCCUAAUCUGGUCGCCGGUGGUCCUCCGAAGAUUUUUCGCUCUUCUCUGGACUUCCGAGAAGGGGAAGGAAUCGUAGUGUCGAAAGAGAGUCGAAGGCGAAGAUGGCAACCGUAGGACAUACCCGCCCGACCGGUUGGUUUAACCAGAAGAUCGUUGAUCCCCUCCUCCAAAUCCUCCAGAGGGGCGCAGAGCCGAAGCAACUGGCGUUCUCUGCAGCUCUUGGCAUAACCCUGGGAUUGUUUCCCAUAUGCGGGGUGACUGUUUUUCUAUGCGGGCUUGCAAUUGCAUUUCUUGGAUCUCUUUGUCAUGCUCCCACAGUGAUGCUUGCUAAUUUUGUUGCUACUCCUCUAGAAUUGAGUCUGGUGGUGCCUUUCUUGCGUUUUGGUGAAGCCCUCUCCGGAAGACCUAGUUUCCCACUUACACCUGAUGCCUUGAAGAAAGUUUUUAGUGGCCAAGCUUCACAUGAAGUUCUAUCGAGUAUUGCUCAUGUGUUGUUGGGAUGGGCUGUUGCUGCGCCCUUGAUUCUGGGGAUUGGAUAUUUGUUGUUUUUGCCAUGCUUCAAGAUUUUAGUUCGCAAGUUCAGCCCUGCAGCUUCACCUUCUGACGUCAAAAUGAAGACGAGGGAUGACUGAUUUAAUAAGAGUCCCAGAAAUGGCCCAUCUCCUCCUCUAAACACUGCCCACUUGCUUUUAACAUGGUAACCUUCUUUGUAUAUAUGUAUUACCAUGGCCUUCAGUUGCUUCUUCGCUUUGUAUGAACACAGUUUUGUGGUUCAAAGUUUGAUCAAAAUAUCAUAAAAGCUUGCAGGAUGCAACUGUGAUUGCAAGUCCCUUAUUCAUUG